GCAGGUACUUGGUCUCUUCCGUGGGCUACCCCUGGUUACAAUCCAACCCUGCCUUUCAUUUCUGUUUCAGAUCCCUCCCAACCUGCCGUGUUCCGUCACACUGCAGCCUGGACCGGAGGACACGGGGAAGGCCUGUGGCGUUGACUACGAGGUGAAAGCUUUCUGUGCAGAGAACCUGGAGGAGAAAAUCCACAAGAGGAAUUCCGUGCGCCUGGUGAUCCGCAAAGUGCAGUACGCGCCGGAGCGACCGGGCCCCCAGCCCAUGGCGGAGACCACCAGGCAGUUCCUGAUGUCUGACAAGCCGCUGCAUCUGGAGGCGUCCCUGGACAAGGAGAUUUACUACCAUGGCGAGCCAAUCAACGUCAACGUCCACGUGACAAACAAUACAAACAAGACAGUGAAGAAGAUUAAAAUCUCAGUGCGCCAGUACGCGGACAUCUGCCUGUUCAACACUGCUCAGUACAAGUGCCCCGUGGCUGUGGAAGAGGCAGAUGAUGUGGUGGCUCCGAGUUCGACGUUCUGCAAAGUCUACACGCUGACCCCCUUUCUCGCCAACAACCGGGAGAAGCGGGGUCUGGCUCUGGAUGGGAAACUUAAACAUGAAGACACCAAUCUGGCUUCCAGCACGUUACUAAGAGAUGGAGCCAAUAAGGAGAUCCUGGGAAUCAUUGUCUCGUAUAAAGUGAAAGUGAAGCUGGUGGUGUCUCGGGGAGGCCUGCUGGGAGAUCUUGCAUCCAGUGACGUUGCAGUGGAGCUGCCUUUUACACUGAUGCACCCCAAGCCCAAGGAAGAGCCCUUGCACCGGGAUGUUCCAGAGAAUGAAGCUCCCAUAGAUACAAAUCUCAUAGAGCUUGAUACAAAUGAUGACGACAUUGUGUUCGAAGACUUCGCCCGACAGAGACUGAAGGGCAUGAAAGACGACAAGGAGGAAGACGAGGAGGGGACAAACUCGCCGCAGCUGAAUGACAGAUAAACGGGAUUCUUUUAACCAGUUUUGUUUGUUUCCAGUAACAUCUCUGCAGUAGGCUUCUUAUAUUUUGUAUGAUUUUUUUUUCCUACAUGUACCAGGAGCCUAUGGAUCACCCAGAUGGUGACGGCAAUUAUAACCUUACAGCUGUGCCAUAUUUAUCACUGUGCAUCUAGCUACCUAGGCUGAAGUCUCGUCAGCUGUCUCGAGAAUGAGCACAGGGCGGUGGGCCAGAUCCCAAAGGGAACUGCAGCAAUCAGGUGUCACCGAUGCUCAGCACCCCUUAGGAUUUUGCCCUCUCUAGUCUCUGGCCCUGUUUUCACUCUGGAGCAGCUGCUCUCAGCCCUUUCGUAUGAUCUGCAUCUUUUAUGCAUUUUGUAUAAUCCACACAAGUCAAAUCUUUGUUACGGGGGUGGGAGGAAGGGGUGGGGUGGACAACGCCUGUGAAAGGGGUUUAUUUUCUAGGCAAAUUGUUUUCACUGCAGAUGGGACAGUGUAAGAAGUGGGCACAGUGCUACACCCUGGCUGGAGAACAGUUGUGACGUCGAUCAGCUGACUGCACUGAGUCCCUGGCUGUGACCUGCCCUCCCUGCGGUUCAUAGCCUAUUGGCAAAGCCGGCCGGUCUGUGCAUGGCCCAUCUGGGCCAAGAGCCUUGCCGCCCGUUAGCACAGAGUCCGAGCCCCAACCUCAGCACUGUUGGCCCCCAGCCCCUGUCCCUCACCUUGCUGGCUGAUGGCAAGGAUCUCCCUUGCUCGAGGGCAACUAGACUCCCCAGUGUGGGUCCCAUGCUGGCCCUGCUUUGACCCCUGUACUCCCACCAGGAUCCUAGCCCUGCACAGGGUCUUGUAGGAAGUGGGGGAGGACUGGCCGGGCCAGGGUGCUCCUGCUGGCCACUCAGAGAGGCUGUGCAGAGCCCUCUGUUAGCUGCAGGCAGGGCUGGACAAAGGUUCCUGCCUGAGGGAAGCAUCCCCUUACGUGAUCCCUGCCAGCUCCAUUCAGCUCCUACAGAGUCAGGAGAAAAGGGCCGCUAGGGGAUUGACCUCAGUAUCUUAGUUUCUUCUGCAACAUACUGCCCCCCUAGUCCGGCGUGUUUAGAGGAGGUAUGACAGGAAACGGGUUUUGUGUCCGUCACCAGAGAGAGAGAUGGUCACCAGCAGUUCAGACACGUGCUGAGAGCUCUGGCUCCCGGGGUGGAGACCGUAGGAUUGGGGAACCGCUGCUCUGGGAUCUGCUGCCUGUCUCCCAUUCUGCACCUUGUGUGCCGUGCCAUGGACUGGGGCUGCUCAUGAUCGCAAGCUGCAGCCGUUCUGAGUGAGUUCUGAUGUCCGCUGGCACAUGGCAGGCAGUGGGCACCAGCCGGCCCAGCCUCAGCCUGGCGAACUGGCACCAUUGCUCUUUAAGGACGAGACCGACUGCGUUUGGACAUUGCCAGGUGGUGGGAGGUUCUGUGGCAGGCGAGAGGAGCCAGCUGCAGGAGGCAGGAAUCAGUCAGUCAGGCUGAUAGUCUAUGGCGACUGCUCAGUUGUUAGCACGGGGAUACAUGUGCCUCACUGUGAACACAGCCACCUUCUCUCCUGCCAGCCAGCGCGCACGGCUGUGCGUAGACCAGGCCGUGUGCUGGCCCACGCUGUUCCCUACCCCAUAGGUCUGGCAUGUGGCUGGGGGGCUGUGAAGCGCUGAGCGUUGGGAUCCCUCGGGUUAAGGAAGGAAGGUGAGAGUGGCAAUUUCCAGGCCUAGGCAUGACGAGAGAAACAGGCAGGAUGCUAGUCCCAGUCCCUUCCGGCGCGGGAGCAAGGGAAUGGUCCUAGGGUGAGGCCUUAGAAGAAAGUAACUGCCUCCUAGGCUUUGCCUUUCUAGUUCCUCCAUAAAGGCUAUGGAUGAGGUUGUUUGAGUCAUAAGGGACCAAGGCAAAACGCUCUGCAGCCUGCAUGAGUUUUGGCUGAGUUUGGCCUUAGGACGAGUCCCCGCAGAGUGGCUGGAACAGGGUGGUGAGCUGCACAUUUGGUGUUUAUGUUUAUUCAGCUCCACGGCCGCACACACGCCUGACCCUAGGAAUGCAGGAGACAGAAAUCCUGGAGAGGUCGGUGGUGUUUGAUUUGCAGGACCAAUGGGAUUGGACGAGGCUGAUCCUGUGACUGAAGAUAACACUUUGAAGCCAAAGUAUCGUCGAGUCUUGGAAACCCGCAACGUUUUUAUCUUUUGUGCCAGGACUGCAUGCGUGUGUAUGUAUAUCACAGACACACUCACUCUCUCACUGGCUAGUCAAUAGCGGCCAGAUUAGAUUUAAAGAAAAACUUUCGCACUGGGAGAAAGACAUAGCCAGCUCUCCCAUGGCAGUCUGCAGCCCGUAAUCCAUUCCUCCCUCAUGGGCCUCUUAGGACACUGAGGACUCAGACAACCCCCAUCUCCAUGCUCUGUACUGAAGGAACCUGUUCUGCAGCUCCAGCUGCCCACUGUUGAUUCUGUCUCUCCUUUCCACACAAUGGACAAAAGUCAUCCCUGGUGCAACUCCAGUGAUGUCUUUGGGCUUCCCUCAGGGCUAGAUUUGGUCCAUCUUUGCUCCCCUCUCUUCCUCUGCCCUCAAGGAUUAUUUAACUGUCUAAAUGAUAUGAGAGACGGUUUAGAGGAAAGAUGCCCCUUGGGAUAAAGUUCUGUUGUGGUCAGCUGCAUCCAUGCGGGCUCUUCUGGGUGCAUGAGAAACCAUCUUCUCCUGUCAGCCCCCAGAGAACCCAGUGUGAGUGCUCUCCACCUGAUAUAUUCUCCAGCCUUUUCUGGGUACCCCGAGGCCUGCUGAUACUGGUGUUCACAAUGUUGUGGCUGUGUUGGUCCCAGAAUAUGAGAGCGACAAGCUGGGUGAGGGACUAGCCUUUAUGGGGGUGGAAGAGCCAAGCUUUUGAGCUCCACAGAGCUCUUCUCCAGGUCUGGGGCUGGUACUCAGGGGGUCACAGCUCCGUGCAAGGUGGGACAGGUUGUUAAGCAUAAGGACGUAACACGUUACCAGAGAUCAGUUACAGUGAAGUGGGAAAUUCACACCUCCGCAGUCCUAGGACAAAGGCUGGUUAGUAGGUUACAAAUUGUAACGAGCCAUAAAACCAGGACCAUGCCUUUUGGUGUCUAGCCACAUUCUCAAUUGAAGUUCCCAGGCUCGUCUUUUGAAGGCAUCGUGAAGAUUUCCUUUGAGAAGCAGGAGUGGGAGAAGUGUUCACCUGUGAUGAUAGGGUGUUUUGGUCUCAUCAUUUUGCUGCAUGAGUUCAUUCGACAGUCUGGUUUCACCCACAUAGUUAUUGUUG